GAAUCUGAAUAUCGCUGCAUAUUCGGGUUGCUGUAUUUUAUUUUUAUUUUUUAUUUUUGAAAGGUGAAAGAUGUCUGAUCAGGGAACUCAGCAGCAGCCACAGGUAGAAGUGGUAAUGAAGGUGGAAGGCCAAAAGCCUUCGACCUCCACUGAUCCUCCUCCACCUCUGACUGCUACUCAGCAAAGGAAGGAGGAAUUGCAGGAGAAAUUGUGGCGGGAGCAGGCCCUGCUUGCUGAAUUGGAACGGCAUGAGGCAGUUGAGCUAGAGGCUGCAACAGACACUUCCAGAAAGGAGUACCUGUUGGAGCAGCAAGAAAAGGUCCUCAGAGAUGACCGUUGUGCUCAGGUGACUAAACACCUGGCAGAGUGGGCCAUCCUAGAACACAACGCCACCAGUUCGUACUUCACGAACUGGGAUGAUCGUGUGGAUCGUGUGGAGCGUCAAGUGGACGACCUGGCAGCUCAGCAGUCCAUGAUUCUGGACAUGAUUCAAAACCUGACUGCUCAGUUGACAGCUGCCCAGCUGAUUGCCCCUCAGUCCCCUCUGCGGAAACCCAAACAACCUCCUUCCUCUCCACCUUCAUCUCCCCCUGGUUCACGACAAUCUUCCCCUUCACCAUCUCAUUCCCAAAAGACCCCAGGCAAAGCCACCUAUGUUGCUGUUACUGUAGGGAAUCAAAGAGGUCCCAAGAUCCCUGCACCCAACAAGUUCAGGGGUGAUGACCCCAAGACUGAUGUUGGGGACUGGGCUGCUGGGACUAAAGCCUACUUGAGGGGCUUUAUCUGCCCAGAACACACCAAGGUGGCUACGAUUCUGGGGCUGCUGGAGGAACCCGCCUUAAAGUGGGCCACCUUAACCUCCAGCAGCCUGCAGCAAUCGAUGGAGGACUGGGCUUAUGGGCUUGGGGUGGACAAACUUUUGCAAGCCCUGGAGGACCAAUUUGCAAACAAGGAGCGGGCCCGCAAGGCUACUGACAAGAUUGCUCGCCUAGGGCAGCAACGAUACAACGGUACCCUGCAGGCCUUGUUUGCUGAGUUCGAGCAGCUUACCUCCACCCGUGGGUUGGUCAAGUCCACUGAUGAUCUGUUGACCAACUUCUGCAGGGCAGCGCCUGAGAAGUUUGUUGUUGCGUUGUACAGCACUGGGCACAAGGACUGGAGGUCCUUUGGUCGUGCAGCCCUGGACAUGGAGGCGAAGCUUCAUGUCCAGGCCCCCUCCUCUGACAAGAGGAGAGGUGCCUUCCCUCGAGGUGGUAGAAAGGCAAAGGCAUCCUUCACGCAUGCAAGGUCUGCAUCAGAUUCUGAUUCAGACUCCCAGGCUGAUACACCUUCAGUUGGGACUAGAUCCGCUGCUGAUACAAAUGUUGCAGCGGCCCUGACUCAAGCUGUUUUGGGAGUUAUGCAGCAGCAGAAGAGGGAUCAAGACCCGGGGCAGGAUGAGCUUCAGUCACUUGCAGCCUUCUUCCUUCACCUGAAGGAACAAAAGAAGUGCAAGUCUGAUAGCAUCCUACUUCGGCCCCUGAUCAACCACAUCAGGAUCAAAGGGUUGUUGGAUUGUGGAGCCACCAGGAACUUUAUAUCACCCAAUGCUGUUAAAAAACUGCAUCUGGGGAUGAAAGUUCAGCAGCUGCAGCAACCUUUGCUGGUCAGGAUAGGUGAUUCCACAGUACUUACCAUCAGGGAGAAGGUCAGGGGUAUCACUGUGACCUUCGACAGUGCUGGAGAAGUCAGACGUAGUCUGAACUUCUACAUAUUCCCUGAUCUACCCUUUGACCUGGUGUUCUCUAUGCAGUGGUUGAGGGCAGUCAACCCUAGGAUCGACUGGCAGAUUCCUAGAGUUGAACUACCAAACAGCCAGGGGGUGUAUCAGCCAUGCAUGAUAGCUGCUGAUCAUCACCCUAAGACCUCCUGCUACUGCUUACGAGCGAGGGAGUUCCAUGCUCUCUCACGCCAGUACCACCAUGAGCGUCUGUUUAUUGCUCUGGUCAAGCAAACAGAUGCUCCCCCACUUUCCUGUCCUCCUGAGGUACAGCAGGUUGUUGAUCAGUAUGCUGAUCUGAUGCACGAGCCCUUUGGACUACCCAACCGACCAACCAAGCGUCACAUUGAGCUGCUGCCUGGAGCCGUUCCCCCUAAGGGACGAGUCUAUAGGAUGUCCCCUGCUGAGCUCGAGGAGCUCAGAAAGCAGCUUGAGACCCUUACCAACAAGGGCUGGAUCAGGCCCAACAUUUCUGAAUUCGGUGCACCUGUUCUCUUUGUACCCAAAGGGAAUGGUGAGUUCAGAAUGUGUAUUGACUACAGGGGUCUCAACAAGAUCACUAGGAAGAGUAUAGAGUCACUUCCUAUGAUCGAUGACCUUUUGAAUAUGGUGAAGGGCUGCACAGUAUUCAGCAAAGUCGAUCUCAAAUCUGGCUACCACCAGAUUGAGAUGGCAGAGGAGGAUGUCUACAAGACAACCUUCAAGACCAAGUAUGGGACUUAUGAGUUCCUGCUCAUGCCAUUUGGACUUUGCAAUGCCCCUGGGACCUUCCAGACAGAGAUGCAUCGCAUCUUCAGGCCUUACCUGGACAAGUUUAUGGUUGUCUACCUGGAUAAUAUCCUGGUGUUCAGCAAAACUGCCAGGUAGCAUGCGGAGCAUUUGGCUUUGGCCCUUCAGUCAUUACGCG